CACUUAAUCCAUGAUUUGCAGCCGUACCAUUGCACGUAUGAACAAUGCCUAGACCCGAACCAAGUCUAUGGAAGCCGACAAGAAUGGAUUAAUCAUGAAAACGGGCAUACGCGCGUCUGGCAUUGUCAUGAACACAGUGAAGAAUUUGAAACUCAGCCAGAGUAUAUCCAGCACUUAGAAGACUCUCAUCCCGACAGUACUCCCGAGCAUUUCUCACCUGCAUUAGUUGCUGCUGUUGUCGGCCCUUCAAUGCGAAUUCACCGAGACUGCCCCUUCUGUCCAAGCGGCUUCUCUGAUAUUGCACAAAUGCAAUCACAUCUGAUUUUCCAUCUGGAACGGCUUGCACAACUUGCCCUC